GGAACCCGCCAAAUGGAGGACUGGAGGUAGUAUCCGGAAAAACACGUGUAUCACUGCAGAGGAUGUCUCGUUUUGUUCCUCUCUCUGAAAUGCAAGAAGAUGAACAGAACGAGGAGGAGACAACAAUACAAGAGAAAGUGAUAGCUUUAAUUAAUGAAGCUCAACUAGUGAACUCCAAUGACAAGAAACUAGUCUGUCUCAAUCAGGUUCGGGAGUUAAUAGUUAACAAGGAUCCCUCGUUACUGGACAGUUUCUUUGAAGAAGUAGCAGCGUUUCAACAAGACAGGUCCGUGGACGUGAGAAAAUUUGUAAUAGCGUUUAUUGAGACAGCAUGUAAGAAGGAUUGCCAUUACCUAAUGCGUUCGAUACAGAUAAUACGUUACAUUAUGAACGACUCAAACGUAACGACAGAGAAGAGAUCCAUCAGCUGCUUCAUUCAGCUUUACCGCCUCUCCCUUCAAUAUUUAGUGAAAAUGAAAACGGCCAAAAAGGAGGAGCUUGACAUGUGGGAGAUACUCAAAGAAGUCAAGUUGGACAUUUGUUCGAAAUUACAUGGGGAAAACGACGGAUUGAGGACUAUGGUAAUCAAAUUCAUAGAGACUGUCAUUAUACUGCAAACAAAGAAAGAGCCGCUUUCUGAGCCCCCCAGAGCUGUAGAGCUGGAAUUCUCCUUAGACAUGGUCCCAUUGUCCCAUCCAAUACUAAAGCAGUCAGAGUUACGUGAAGAGUCGGGUAUACUGUUAGUACAGCUGCUGGAGCUGACAGGGUUUCCUAGCAUAUCAAGUGUUAAUUUGAUGACGUGUAUCAGCAGUUUGUGUGCCAUUGGUCGUCAGAGACCAUUGCAUAUAACAACCGUCAUACAGACCUUUGAAGUAUUACAAGCUAAUCUUCCUCCUUCUUUCACCAGUUCACAGAUCAGCAGUGUCACUAAGCACUUGAAGAGUCAGCUGCUUGGUGUCUUACGUCAGCCUGGCUCACUCGAGUGUCGUCCACAAAUUGUUACAUUACUGACUGUACUUGGUGCUCCACAGUCAGAGAUUUCUAAAAAUACUCCAAAAGAUGUCAGCCUGGCCAGCAAACGUACAAGAAGUGAUAAUGAAGGACUUCACUCAAAGAAAGCUAAGCUUGAUGAGUCAGAAGAAGGGGAGGAGUUUAGUUCCCGUGGCAACAUAUUAAUGGAAGCCAUUGAAUUGACAACUGCCGAUCUGAAGCCUCUGCUGACAGUGGAGUCCGUGGUUGAGCUAGUCAUGCUAAGUAUGAGUAACCUGCCACGCCUUCUCCCUAGAAGCUUCAGUCAUUCCUUCACUCCAAUUGCAGCUGCCGGGAACGACGCUCAGGUGACCCAGUUGGCUCGUUUGUUGGCAUCUCAAAUGACAGCAGCUGGUAUUGGUAUUGGUGCUCAGACUAAAGGACUCAAACCCUCCCGGAAAGGGGAACGUCCUGUUGUGUCUGACCCUCGUAGUGGCAUACGUGAGCCGACGCCCGAGGAGGAAAGGGAGAGGGAGAUCCUGGAGAGAGAGAGACUGGGUAAAGACAAACAAGUGGAACAAGAUGAAACAGAUCCUGCUGAUUUAGCCAAGAGUCUUGCUGAGCUAUCAUAUUUAGGUUCUUUGCUUGGCCUGCCUGAUAUAAGGGACCCUCAGUUUCCACUGGCGUAUUCCGCAUUCUUUGGUACCGAGCCAAUGGAAGUCCUUCCAACUGCCUCUACUGGUGAAUCAUCUCAUAGCAACUUAAUUGUUAUUAAAAAAGAAAAUGAUGAUACCACAUCGCCAAAAGAGGACGACUCAAAAUGGCGUCAGUCUCUUGCCGUUCCACAGAAACUGAAGAAGAUAAGGGCCUUUGACCUCUCGUCGAUAGUGAAGCCACUGCCAAUGAAUGAGCAGGAAAGACUCAGCGUGGCUGCCUUUAAAAGAAUACUAGCAACUGAAACUGGUGGAUCAAGCACUGUAUUAUCUCAGGCUCGUACUAAACUUGUUAUUCAUCUGGUCACACAGUUUGGUGGUGAAUUUAAUAAAGCUCUUCUUGUUUUCAUUCUUGAGGAUCUUCGCUCUCAUUUUGAUCUCGCCUUGUCUUGGCUCUAUGCCGAGUAUUGUAUCGAAGAGCAGCUUUUAACCACACCCACUUCAGGAACCUGUCAGUAUGAGAACUGUCUGAUUGGGUUAAUGAGUGGAGCAAGAGACAAACUGGAUAAUAGAGACAGACUAUUCACUCGUUUAGUACUAGAAGCUCCUAAAAUCACGCCCAAUGCAUUGUCAAUAAUUAAAUCAUAUUGUAGAGACGAGGAAAGAGCGUUUCUUGGUAUCACCACUCUACGUGAUCUGAUACUUAAGAAGCCUCAGGGAUCUGGGGAUUUCAUAGAAGCACUUCUCGACAUCACAACCAGUGAUUUGGAGAUGGCUCGCCUUCAGUCACUUCAUAUAGUGAAGAGGUUUUACUCAAGACCGAGUCUUUCCAUGAGGAUAGAAAAAUACUCUAUCAGGUCAUUGCAGAAAUUGCUAUCUGAUCAUCCCUCCUUUCAGAGCGACACUGAACUUGAGGUGGCGUCUGAAUGGACUGAAGAAUCUAUUAAGAUUUGUUCUGGCCUCUUCCUUUCUCUUUUACCAAUUAACACGAAAUUAUUGAAAGAAUUAGCCAUUGUCUAUACUAACACAAUACCAACUGUUAAGAGAAUAAUGCUCAAACUCAUUGAUCAACCAGUUCGCUCGAUUGGUAUGAAUUCUCCAGAACUGUUAGAAUUGGUUGAGAAGUGUCCGGUGGGAGCUGAGACUCUAAUUAUGAGGAUAUUGUAUAUUCUGACAGAGAAAGCAAUGCCUUCAUCUGAAUUGGUAAAGCAUGUGAGAGAGUUGCAUAAACGGAAUUCAAACGACGUUCGAUUCUUAAUUCCUGUUCUUCAUGGCUUGCAAAAGUCUGAAGUGAUAGCUGCCCUACCCGAGUUCAUUAGACUCAGUCCUAAUGUCACCAAAGGAGUUUUUGACAGACUCCUAACAUCAUCAAAAGGUGAGAGUAACAUUAGUAUGAGUCCAAUAUCGCCUUCGGAGUUAUUGAUUGCACUACAUAAUAUUGACUGUAGGGGAGACGAUAAUCUGAUGAAAGCUGUAAUAAGAGCUACUGGCCUGUGUUUUGCUGAAAAGGGAGUCUACACUCAAGAGGUACUGGCAGUAGUAUUGCAGCAGCUAGUUGAUCAGACUCCUAUACCAAUACUAUUCAUGAGAACUGUCUUGCAGAGUUUAAGUCUCUGCCCAAGACUAGCUAACUUCAUCCUAACAAUCCUUACUAAACUGAUCAGCAAGCAGGUUUGGAAGCAGUCUAAAGUAUGGCAGGGUUUCAUAAAGUGCUGUGAGAGCUUAAAGCCACACUCUUUCCAAGUGAUCUUGCAAUUGCCUCCGCAACAGAUGGAGGAGAUUUUGAAGAGUAGCCAGUCUCUACGUCAUCCUUUUGCUGCUCACAUUAAAGAAUUAGCUCAAAGAGGAUCUGUCCCCAAAUCUGCCCUUCAAAUUAUGGAACGAUUGACCAGCUCAUAAAUGUGAAUUGUCUGUGACAUUUUUUAAUUACAAAAAAACGAAAUAAAUAA